CCGGCAGAUCCGAUCUCCAUACUCGCUUACUCAAAUCUCCACUUUUUCAAUACUUUGUACCAUGGGCUUCCCAGCUAACGGCUCUGAUGGCGCCAAACCACUCAAGUUCUUGAUCUAUGGCCGUACAGGCUGGAUCGGUGGCCUCCUUGGCAAGCUCUGCCAAGCUCAAGGCAUUGACUUUGUAUACGGUGCCGGUCGCCUCGAGAACCGCGCUUCACUCGAAGCCGACAUAGCUGCUGUGAAGCCCACUCACGUCUUCAACGCUGCUGGCGUCACCGGCAGGCCUAAUGUGGAUUGGUGCGAAUCACAUAAGGUCGAGACUAUCCGAACUAAUGUGGUUGGUACUCUUACGCUUGCGGACGUUUGCAGAGAGAAAGGUUUGGUUUUGAUUAAUUAUGCCACUGGUUGUAUCUUCGAAUACGAUGCGGAUCACCCGCUUGGAUCGGGUAUUGGAUUCAAGGAGGAAGAUACUCCGAAUUUUGUUGGAUCUUUCUACUCCAAGACCAAGGCCAUGGUGGAGGAUCUGCUGAAGAAUUAUGAGAAUGUGUGUACAUUGCGUGUGAGGAUGCCAAUCUCAUCCGAUUUUGCCAAUCCCCGCAACUUCAUCACAAAGAUCACUCGAUAUGAUAAGGUAGUCAACAUUCCAAACUCAAUGACUAUUUUGGAUGAACUCCUUCCAAUUUCCAUUGAAAUGGCAAAGAGAAACCUUACUGGAAUUUGGAACUUUACAAAUCCUGGAGUAGUCAGCCACAAUGAGAUCUUAGAGAUGUAUCGGAAGUACAUUAACCCUACAUUCACUUGGAAAAAUUUUACUCUUGAAGAGCAAGCAAAGGUGAUCAUUGCCCCGAGGAGCAACAAUGAGCUUGAUGCCAGCAAAUUGAAGGAGGAGUUUCCCGAGCUCCUGUCCAUUAAGGAUUCCCUCAUCAAAUAUGUGUUCCAGCCAAAUAAGAAGACUGCCUUAGAUUGAGAAUUUUAGGUUUGAAUUUUUAAGUUUCCUUAUUUAUUUAAUUUAGUUUUGCAGGUUGAUGUGAUGUUAAUGCUAUAUGGAUUCUUCUUUCCACAUAACAUACAUGAUUGUUCCUAUUUGUAUCUGAAUGAUUCGUUCACAAAUAAAAUACUCAGAUGUCAAGUUAUAAAUAAGUAUUUGUAAGUUGAUUGGCUGUGGACAGCAUUUGCUGAGGAUUGCACGUCUCUGAUCUUCAGCUUUCCCUAGAACAUGAUGUAAUUUUACAAAUAUAUGCUAUUGCCCCCUGUUUGGACUGUCAAACAGAUAAAAAGAGAUAGCACAUUACUUGAUGUACCCAUUUGUAUUUAUGUAAUAGAAUGUUUGGUUUUUUUUA